AUGGAUACUCCGCAACGGCUCGGCAUCCCACUGCCAAUUGCUACUGGUUCCCUAGGACUUUUUGUCGCCCUCAUUGUAGGCAUGCGGUUCUGGGGAAGAAAAAAUCACAUGCCCGUGGAGGGCCGGACGGUUCUUAUCACCGGCGCCUCUGAGGGCAUGGGCCGCAGUGCAGCCAUCCAGCUCGCCGCCAAGGGCGCCAACGUCAUCCUCGUGGCGCGCAACGUGGGCCGGCUUGAGGAAGCGCUCGCUGACGUCAAGGCGGCUGCUUCCUCGCCCUCGACCCAGCGCUUCACCUACAUCUCGGCCGACGUGUCGGAGCCCGAUUACGCGUCAGCCGUCAUCGCCGAGGCCAUCGCGUGGAACGGUGGCCGCAGCCCGGACAUCGUCUGGUGCGUCGCCGGCAUGUCGACGCCGCUGCUCUGGACCGACGACGGCGCGCUGGCCGCGGCCCGCCGCAACAUGGACGUCAACUACUUCGGCUCGGCCGAGAUGUCGCGCGCCAUCCUGCGCGAGUGGCUCGACCCGGCCAACCGCACCGGCCCCGAGGCCGAGCCCAAACACCUCAUCUUCACCGCCUCGGUGCUCGCCCUCUUCGCCAUCGUCGGAUACGGGCCUUACUCGCCCUCCAAGUGGGCGCUCCGCGGCCUGGCCGAGACCCUGGCCAUGGAGCUCAACCUGUACCCGGACAACCCGGUCAAGGUGCACGUGGUCUAUCCGGCCACCAUCGUCAGCCCCGGGCUGGAGCGCGAGAACAAGACGAAGCCGGCCAUCACGGUCGAGCUCGAGAAGGAAGAGCCGCCCGAGAGCCCCGACACGGUCGCGCGCAGGGCCAUCGCCGGCCUCGAGCGCGGCGAGUUCUUCGUCCCCGUCUCGUUCCUCGGCAACCUGAUGCGCUGCGGCGUCAUGGGCGGCUCACCGAGGAACAACUGGGUGGUCGACACGCUGCUGGGCUGGCUCGUGCCCAUCAUCUACUUCUUCGUCCUGAGGAGCUUGAAUGCCCGGGUGAGGGCAUGGGCCAGGAAGCAUGGGCAUCCGGCAACAACGGCGAAAGCGACAUCCCGCCCGGGCACUAGCAUGACAUCGUCGGUCAUCCGCUCGCAGCGCGGUCGAUCAAAUAAGGUGACGAAGCCGGGUCCUCCGCCGCGCGGACGCAACCCGCGCCAGGUGGCCGCACACCUGGCUGCCCACGAAGAUCACGCCCACAAUCACGGCCUGCCCGACGAUCUCAAGGCCGAUCCGGGCUCCGUCUUUGACGACGUCAGGAUGGGUGCCGAUGAUUACGCCGCUGCCGCCGCCGCCGCCGCCGUCAUGGACACCGACCUAACCGAGGACGCCCACGGCGAGGCAGAGGCCGAAGCCGAUAUGGACGACGGCAACGCCACCGGCACCGGCCCGCCCCCCGCCAUGCCACACGUCGACCUCACGGCCGCCAACAUCCUCGCCAACGGCGGGGCUGGCCCUCCGGCCACCGCCAUGUCUCAGCCAGUUCAGGACCAGUUGCAGGAGAUGCAGCAGAAUCUAGCACACGCCCAGCACGCGCAUCAACAACAUCAACAUCCACACCAGCACCAGCACCAGCAUCAGCACCAGCAUCAGCAUCCACACCAACACCAGCACCAACACCAGCACCAGCCGGCCGCCCAGAUGGGCACCCCGCAACAGAUGCAGCCCGGCCACCAGCCGAUGGAACAGCCGAUGGUCAAGACGACCGAGGAGCUCGCGAGGGAUUCCGGGUACGGCGAACUCAACAUCGAGAGCGCCCUCGCGAAGCGGUUAGCGAGGGAGCCCGGGCAGCGCCUCGCCCAGCAGCGCAGGCCGGAACAAGUUUUGAACCUGGCGCGGCGCAGCAACGUCGAGGCUUUGUUUGCCCACAUCGCCGGCGAGCCCGCCCGCGUUCCUUGCAAGAACUGCCACAAGGGCCACGGGCCGUGGACGAGCUGCAUCGUUGUCGACGGCCAGAUGUGCGGCAGCUGCGCCAAUUGCUGGUUCAAUGCUAGCGGUGCCCGCUGCAGCUUUCAUGAAACCCGUAACCCUCAGGGUGUUGCACAGCAUCCGGCCAUCCUGCCGGCCACCACUGCGGGCCUCGCCGGCGACGCUGCCUACCGCUUCGCCGCGCCAGCCCACCCGCUGCUGCAGUCCCACGGCUCGGCGAUGGGAGGCGUUGCCCAUUCCGGGGGCCUGCUGAUCAACAACCCCGUGCUCCAGCAGAUGGUGAACCGAGCAAUGGUGGAGGUCCGCGCGGCCGAUAAGGCCACUCGCCAACUCAUCCAGAUUGAGAUUGCGGCGAAGCAGCUGGCUCUGCAGAUUGUCGAAUGCGAGGAGAUGGUCAACAGCCAGGAGCAGGCCAGCGGUCCGGUGCCGGGCCAGCAGGUCAUGGGCGACGACUCCGGGGCGUAG